AUUUUCUUGCCCAUGGUGCCCGCUACAGGCUGCAGUCUGACUGGGAGCAACUGCCAUCUACACCAACAUGGGCGGCAAAAACAUGGAAAGGGCUAGGAAGGCCUUGGACGCCAUGAAGGAGCUCGGUAUCUCUAGGAAGCAGGCCACCCCAGUACUCAAGGAACUCCUCGCCACCUUCGACAACAACUGGGAGCCCAUUGAGGAUGAGCACUACCGUGCCCUCGCAGAUGCCAUCUUCGCUAGGGAAGACAACAAACAAACCUCUCCCUCCCAACAGGGCGCCCAAGCAGCCCAUGUGGACUCGGAGCCAAAUGGAUCAACAUGGGACAAUCGACAACAAUAUUUUUCUGCUACUCAUGAUGACACGGGUGAAGAUGAUAAUGAAACACCCCUGGUCAAGAGGCCCAGGAUGGGCACGGCUAAUUUCAGGUCAGAGCCGCAGCCAUUUGAGCCUGGACCACAGCAAUCCACUGUUCGGUCGCGCGACUGGCGCCUCGGGACCGGCUUUCCUCAGUAG